AUGGAUUUCUUCGGAUUGGAUACAGAUAGAUUGCAAUCUGGAGAGCAGCAUAAAUCUGUUUUAGGGUCAAAUGAUUUAAAAUUUUGCCUUGAGAUUGUAGUGGAGAUAUCAAAUUUUAUAAAAACAUCACUUGGCCCAAAAAGUGGUGAUAAAUUAAUAGUUGAUGAGAAUGGUAACAUAAUAGUUACGAAUGAUGGUUAUUCAAUUAUCAAAUAUUUAUCAAAAUCUUCAAAAUUUGAUGAUGAAGAUGAUGAAGAUGAUCAAGAUAAUAAUAUUAUUAAUUUAGAAAGUUCACAUCAUAACAAUAAUAACAAAUACAAUAAUAAUAAUAAUAAUAAUAAUAACAAUAAAAAUUUCUCAAAAUCAUCAUCAAUUAAUAGAAAAAGAUUUCAAACAGUUGUAGAAUUAUUAAUAGAUUGUUGUAAAACUCAAGAAAGAUUAUAUGGAGAUGGUACAACCUCAGUAUUAGUAUUAAUUGGUUCAUUUUGUUCAAGUGCAUUAAAAUUAAUUUUUGAAAAAGGUAUACCUCCACACAUAGUUUCCAAUGCAUUUCAAAAUUCACUAAACCAUGCAUUAAAAUUAUUAAAUAAUAACUAUUAUUUAAAUGUAAAUAUAAAUAAUAAUAAUAAUAAUAAUAAUAAUAAUAAUAAUAAUAAUAAUAAUAAUAAUAAUAAUAAUAAUAAUAAUAAUAAUAAUAAUAAUAAUAAUAAUAAUAAUAAUAAUAAUAAUAAUAGUGAAAAUAAUAAUGAAAUUUCAUUAGAAAAAGUUACAGAAAGCUCAUUAUUAUCAAAAUCAAUAUCAUUUUAUAAAGAGGAGUUGUCUAAAUUAUCAAUUGAAUCUGUUAAAUUGAUUUAUUCAUUCUAUAAGAGAGUUGAGUUGAAAAGGAUUAAAGUUAUUACAAUUCAAGGAUCAACAUUAGAAGAUUGUAGAUUAAUUAAAGGUUGUUUAAUAAAGAGAUUCUUUUCACAUGAAAAUAUGCCAAAAACAAUAGAUAAUGCAAGCAUAAUAGUAUUAUCAUUUCCAUUAGAAUUCCCAAAACCAAAAACAAAUUUCAACAUUUCAAUAAACUCAAUCGAUCAAUUAAAUCAAUUCAUUGAAAUAAAAUCAAAUUAUUAUCAAUCAAUUAAAGAUGCAAUAAAGUUAAUUAAAGGUUUAAAAUGUGUUGUAUGUCAAUGGGGUAUUGAUCAAGAAAUCAAUCAAUUCCUUUACCAAUUUGGUAUUUCUGCAAUUAGUUGGGUUGGAGGUGAUGAUUUAGAAAGAAUUUCAAUUUCUUCUGGUGCAAAUAUUAUAAAUGAUUUAGAUUCAUUAUUAUUAUUGAAUAAUAAUAAUAAUAAUAAUAAUAAUAAUAAUAAUAAUAAUAAUAAUAAUAAUAAUAAUAAUAAUAAUAAUAAUAAUAAUAAUAAUAAUAAUAUUAGUGAUCAAUUUAUAGGUUAUGUUGGACAAAUUAAAGAAUUGGUAAUGGGUAAUGAUAGUAGUUCAAGGUAUAUUGAAUUCUCUGAUUGUAAAAACUCAAGUACUGUUACAAUUUUAGUUAGAGGUGGAAGUAAAGAAAUGUGUGAUGAAACUGCACAAUGUUUAAGAGAUUCUAUUCAUAUUGUUGGUGGUUGUUUAAAAGAUCCAAGAAUAGUUCCAAGUGGUGGCUCAACUGAAUUAUAUUUAUUUAAUCAAUUUAAACAUUUUAAAUCAGCGACAACAACAACAAUGAUGAUGAUGGCAAUUAAAUCAUGGUCAGAAUCAUUAUUAACAAUACCAAUUACUUUAUUAGAGAAUGGUGGUUAUGAUUGUCAAAAACAUAUUAUUAAAUUAAUCCAAAUUCAUAGUGAUAAUGAUUUUAGAUAUUAUGGUGUAAAUAUUAAUAACAAUACAAGUGAUAGAUGUAAUAAAGAAUUUGAUUUAUAUAAUUGUAGUAUUAGUAUGGACACAAAUCAAAAUAUAAUUCAAGAUAUGAAAUUUAAAAGUUGGGAAUUAUUAAAUUUAAAGAAAUCAAUUUUAAAAUUAGCAACUGAAACAACUUGUAUGCUGUUAUCAAUGGAUGCUUUUAUUUGUUUAUAA